AUGGACAAAUUAGGGACGCUGACAAGAGAGGCCGCCCGGUUGUCAGGCGAGCUGGAGCGGGUGGCAGCGCUGCUACAGCUGGCAGAUCCAUCAGGAGAGGCUGAGGCCAAUGGUGGUGGUGGAGGGGAGGUGAAGCGGCGGAGGGUGUUGGGGCCAGCAAAGCCAAAGUUUCUGGAGGAGGCAGCAGCGGAGAUGGAGCAAGGCACUGAGGCGUGGAUGCCCCCUGAAGGUCAAAGUGGUGACGGCCAAACCUCACUGAACAAGAAGCUUGGGUAUUAG